AUGGCGACGAAACUCGCGCAAAAGAUACAAAUCACGGAACAAACCAGCCGAACGAUGGUUGAGAAUCAACUCAGAAUCGGGUUAGACGUGGUGUGUUAUCAGAGAGGUAUAUUUGACGCGAACACGCACUUUACGGAACCGAAGCAACCACAAACGAAUAAGAGUAGUACGAGUGGUGGUAAUAACGCGUUGAACGUACCAAAGAUGCUUCGGAAGUGCGCGAAAUCGAAACGAUUGCUCGACGCGAUGGAAAACGGCGUGUUCGAUGCGCUGGAGCGAGGGUACUUGCGAACGGUGGCGUUGGUUAUUUCUCACCCGGACGAUCCGAAGACGUUGUUGGAGGAGUAUUUGUUCACCGUAGAGUACGACGAGGCGAAGCGAGCGAGGGUGUUGACGAGCGGCGGCGGCGCGAAAGACAAAGAAAGGGUUUUGUCGGCGGAUGCGGCGACGGGGAAGAAAAGAGACGAGGAGAGACUGACGGAUCCGAAAAGGAUUCGAAAAAACGCGAUCGCGACGACCCGAACGCUUUUGUCGCUGGUGAGAACGCUCGACGCGUUGCCGGAUGGAAGCGCAGCGAAUUUGAACUUGACGUACACUGAGGAAACGCCGGCGACGUACGAACCUCCAUUUUUUGAAGCCGCGGACGACGCUGCCGUGGACGAUGAGGAUGGCGACGGUUUGUCGAUGAAGGAGGAGUAUCACGACGGGUCCAAGACGUGGAAGAGAGAUCCGUUUACGAUGGAGCUCGGAAAAAUUGAAACGCUCUAUCACGCAAUGAAGGUGAAAGCAUCGAGCGCGUUGGAUCCGUUGUUGGACGAGGAAGAAGAAGAAGAAGAAGAAGAAGUUGUGAUUGAGGAGCAGAUUGGAGUGGUUCAGAAACCAACGGUAUUGACGGUUGAGAAAGGAAAACCGAGAAGACAAUCGACGCGCUAUCCAGAUCGAGACGCGAUGAGAAUCCACGGAGGCGUCGAUCCCAACGCAAACGUUGUUCCGGAAACGCAGUUAGUUGGCGCUUUAACGAUGGUUCAUCCACCACCGGUAGAAAAGAAGAAACGUGGAAGACCACCAAAAAGAGCCAGACCAGCGGAACCGGUACAAAGGAAAAAGCGCGGCCGACCGGCAAAGGUUUCGGAGGAUAUUUCGCAGCCUCCGAAGCAGAAAAAGGCAAAAGUUGUCGCGAAGAAGGAAAAAGAGAAGAAGAAAAGAAAAGUAGCCACCGUCGCUACGGUCACCGAUGACACCGCGUUAGCGUCGCUCAAAGAGUUCAUCGAAACCAUGGGCGGCCACCUACCGGCGAACUGGUCCGCGAAAGUCGCGAGUCGCGAGAGGACGGAUAAAGGACGGAUAUCGCUUCACACAGACGUCACCUAUAUCGACCCGAACGGGAAGAGAUACAGAUCUAAACUCGAAGUCGCGAGGUGUUUAAAUUUACUCGUCCAGUAA